AUGGCGCUGUACCGCAGCUUGGAGACGGACGUCACGGCCUUCUUCAUUGCGCAAGGAACGAUCUUCGAGACGGUCGUCAACAGCCUCGGGGCGCGGGUGCACACCCUCGAAGAGAGACCUGCAGCUGUCGUUGGCGAGGCGAGCUUGGAAGCCCGUGUCGCGCGCCUCGAGGAUCUCUGGACAUUGCUGACUCAAGAGGUGCAUGGUCUGCGCGCCCAAUGCCAAGCCUCCACCGGGACGAUCACAGCGCUCAGCCACCAGAUCGACGCGCAGUCGACGAGUCUGGCGUCCCAUGCGGCACGGCUCGACGCACAAAGCUUGGCGCUGGAGACCCAAGAAGCCGCGCUCGAGGCGCAGGCCAUCGCACAAGCAACCUUCAUCGACAAGUGCCCGCAGCAAAUCCUCGCCGAUGCCAUGCAAAAGAUCACGCUCGGCUUGUCUUCAGAGGAGCUCGCGUCGCUUUCCCAGCAACUCUGUUGCCUGGAGAAUGCCCUCGAGCAUGCGACGGAGCCCACCGACGAGAUCCGAGCGUCGCUGACGCAAGUGCACGCGGACCUCGCCAGCAUCCCGACCGACCCCACCGCAACGCCUGACGAGCUGGCGUUGGUGCCAAUGGUCGAGCGGCUGCGCAAGAGCCUCGCGCACCUUGGCACCAGCUUGGACGCUCUCGCAACGAACGAUGCGACACCCGUUAUGGAUGACGACGAGAACGAUGGCGGGGAUACGUGGCAGUCGGUGCUGUCGCGGUCGACGUCGACGUCGAUCUCCCUCCCCACGGCUUUGGCCAAGCUUGAAAGCGGCAGCAUCGCCAAGGAGCUCGAACAGCAAGCGACACCCAUGACACCGCUCUCGCUGCACGAGGCACUGGCCGAGAAGGUGCAGCGGCUGCUUCAAGCGGCGGACGACCAACAAGAAGCUUACGACGCACGCAUGUUUGCCGUCACAACAGAGCUUCAGACGCUGCAAGACCACGAACGGGAGCUCGAGGCACAGCUUGCGGCUUGCCCUCGGCAAGAAGACGUGCUGCAGCAGCUUAGUCUUCUCCAAGACAAAAUCGCCCAAGAGACCAACACGUCCUCGUCCCAUGCAAAUGCGGCGCUGGACGAGCUUCGCCAGCAGUUCCAGACACUUCCGACCUCGGACAUGGUCUCGCAGCUCCACGCGUCACUCAAAACCAAAGCGGACAAAGCCGACAUUGCGCGCUUGCAACGGGACCAGAAUGACCAGCAGUCGACCCUCGGCCUGUCCAAGAUUCCGCUCAAGUGUCUCUCUUGCGACCAGUACCUUCCGCGGCCCAAGUUUGCGUCGACGAACGAGGCGUGGAAUCCGUCAGCGCCAGUCGUGUCGCCCCGCAACACGGUGAACCUUCGACCGCUCGAGGUGCCAAAAAGAGAUCGUGCGACCACAGCCAGUGCACUCCGAACAAGCGCCGGCGGUCCGUCCCGCGCGAUCGUGGCUGCCAAACUGACCAAGCCGCGCGUUGAAUAUGUCGAGAACGUUGUCACCAAGCUCGAGAGACACCGUCCGAUGACGGCCGAGCCGCGCGGAUAUACGCUGCAGAGCACGCCGUUCGAGAUGGCAAUGCCGGGCGACACAACACCCUCUUCGGCGUCGUCGUCGUCGUUGAGACCACCCACGUCAUCGCUGCUCUCGGACAAGCAGCGCUACUCGUUCUAUUACCUUGGGAACAACAACGCCAACAACAACACUGGUGGCUCAUAA